AUGGCCCCGCAGCAGGGGCGGCCCGCGCUGCCCGGCCGCUGCGAGCCUCUGCCCGCGCCGCCUGUGCCGCCUCGCCGGGAACGCGGGGGGCGCGGGGCGCGCGGGCCCGGGGCGCCGGGGGGCCGGGGGCGUGCGGGCGGCGCCGAGGGGCGUAGCGUCAAAUGCGUGCUGGUCGGAGACGGCGCGGUGGGCAAGACCAGCCUGGUGGUGAGCUACACCACCAACGGCUACCCCACCGAGUACAUCCCCACCGCCUUCGACAACUUCUCGGCUGUGGUGUCAGUGGACGGGCGGCCUGUGAGACUCCAGCUCUGUGACACAGCAGGACAGGAUGAGUUUGACAAGCUGAGACCCCUGUGCUACACCAAUGCUGACAUCUUCCUGCUCUGCUUCAGCGUGGUGAGCCCCACCUCUUUCCAGAAUGUCAACGAGAAGUGGGUGCCUGAGAUCCGGUGCCACUGCCCCAAAGUGCCCAUCAUCCUGGUGGGGACACAGUCAGACCUCAGAGAAGAUGUCAAAGUGCUCAUUGAGCUGGACAAAGGCAGGGAGAAGCCUGUGCCUGAGGAGGCAGCCAAGCUGUGUGCAGAGGAAAUCAAAGCCGCCUCCUAUGUGGAAUGCUCGGCCUUGACUCAGAAAAACCUCAAGGAGGUCUUUGAUGCCGCCAUCAUGGCUGGGAUCCAGCAUGCAGACUCCCAGCAGCAGCCCAGGAAGUGUAAGAGCAGGACUCCGGACAAAGUGAGGGACUUGUCCAGGUCCUGGUGGAGGAAGUCCUGCUGCCUGGCCUGAGGCAGCCACGCGACCAAGCCCAUGCCUGACGACUCAUUUCAGAGCCCCCAGGUGGCCCAUCCUCUGCCCUGGCUUUAGUUUCCUGUCUGUUUACUUCUGAUGUGAGAUAAGUAAGUUAAGGAAGUUGUAAUUUAAGAAUGUUCUGUAACUGGAAGUUUAGAGCUCUCAGCCUCUGGAUUAAUUUAUGUCUGAUAUGAAAAAGGCUCAAGUCUGCUGUCAGGAUCAAGAGUUUGCUAUUUCACGGUGUCAGCAGGAUGGACAGGGACGAUGGCUGCGCCCCUCUUGGGGAUGGGGGGUGCUGCCAGGGCCUGGGCUUCACCGCAUGUCAGCCCUGGUGGGAACAGUGCUUCCGGAGACCAAGUGAACACUGCUUUCAAUAAGAGGAAAGAUCUGGGAAAUAAUGGGCACCUCUGCCACAACAUCUCAAGCCAUCUCUGGCCAUUGAGUGAUGCUCAGCUGCUUGAGAUUUUAAAGAACCAGCACAGUAUAGACGGAAGGACAGUGUGCAUGGUGUUUCAGAUGCGCAGGCCAGUCUUGCCCAUGCCUAGCACGCACCACCGAAUGCCCUGAGCAGCCAUGGGGGCCAGUGCCCAUCUCCCCCAGGGAUCAAUGGCCGGAGGUCACAGUGGUGCUCCGGGCCCUCAGGACGGGCCUCGCACCACACCAUCCAGUGUGGCAACCAAGCAGAGGGUCUUAGCUUCCACACUGUCACCACCCUCUGCAGGAAAGCAGACCCCUGAAAGGCCAGUGCAGAUUCUGUGGGACCCAGUGAUCCUUCUUUCCUAGGUCCUUCUCUGUGCAUACACAUGUGCAGGCAGCUAUGUUUGUUGAGGGUUCAGACUUUAAAUGUUAGUGGGAAGCAGAUUAGGUGACUCGGGACCCUUGUCUCUGCUUCUGUGAACAGAUACUGUAUCAUACCCUUGGGGUGAUUUUAAGUGUAUCUUAAUGUAAACAAGCUUGAGACCACUUUAAAACAAAACUAAGGAGAAGGUCUCUUGAGAGCUGCUAGAACAACCAGCCAGGUGUCCAGUGGCUUCCAGCCCGAGGGGGCCAGGUCUGUACAGGACCACUUGGUCACUUCCUGGCUGGGGAUGACAGGCGCCACACAUGCAUAUGUUCUUCAGGGGAUCUUAAAGCCCACCCUCCUGAAGGCAAGCAUCCUCUAAUACUGCAGCAGCGUGGUCUGAGAGGCCACAGGCAGCCAGGCCCAAAUCCUGGCACAAGGCAACCCCAGACCACUUCAGGAGGCAGCUGGGGAUACCUCCUGAGAACCCAAUGUGACAGUCCUGGUGCUCUGUGUUCUUUUUUAUGUUUUUAAAAAAAAAAAUCUAGUUUGUAUUUUUCUAUAGAAAACAGUGAAGGGUCAUUCCAUACUUUAGGUUAGGGGCUUCCUUAUUCCUGCUAGUGAGAUGAAAGAAUUUCUUUGUUUAACAAAGGUUAAUCUUUAAACCACUAAAUGCAUAGACUUUACUAUUGAUUUUUCAACACGUUGACGUUGGCAUCGUCAUAGUUUCCUGAAGCAUUUUGUUCCAACCUGAGCAAACGAAGUUGCUUCACUGAGGUGCUGGGGCUGACACCUGUUGCAGCCUCUGUGCUGCCCAGCACUCUGCAGCCCUGGUGCCGGGUGGGCAGGGCUGAGCCCUGAGCUGGUGGGUGACGUUAAACAGGAAGUGAGUGCAGCGGACAGUGAGCAUCAGGACUGGACCCCUUGCACCCAAAUGGAAGUGGGGAGCAGAGGAUGCCCAUGGUGCCAGUGUGGUCAGGGCUCUAUGCCUGGACCUUCAGUGCAGCAGGGUUGAGCAGGCUGCUGCACAGGUCAGAGUGUGGGUACAGCUGUGCUCGAGGUUGUCCUGUGUGUCUGUGAAAUGGGGUUUAGGCUGAGCAUUUUUUAAAGCAUGUGCUGGAGUUAAUACAGAGUCUACUUCAGAGCCUCAGGCUGAGGAGCAGCUUGGUUUGCAGAGAGGGUUCUGGACGUGUGCUGGAGAGCAUCUCUUCAGCCUGUCCCCACAGUCCAGGAUGGCAUCCUGGCCUAACCCUGUACCCAGCCCCAGACCUGUCAUCUCUUCCCACCAUGAGCACAUAAGGAGGCCUUUUAUAACAUAUUCUGUGCUUGGCAGCCUUAGGAAGGACCACCCAGGAACCCCAAGCCAAAGUGGGUGCAGGUCUUCUCCAGACAGGCCCACCUUGUGCCUGGCCACUCUGUGCCCUCCUUCUCCAGGGAUCAGGGACACUGGCAGACUUGUACUUGAACGUGUUGUAAAUGAGGUGGUGUGAAAUAAAUUCUGACCUGA